UAUACAAAAUAAUACAGAUAUAGAAGCUGCUGCUAAGAAAAGUGUUGAACUAGCAAUUUUAGGUAAUAACAAGGCAAUAGAAGGACACUAUAGCAGUGCUGUUAAUUACUUCACCGAUGCAAUUAAAUAUAACCCACAGGAUCAUAGAUUGUUUGGUAAUCGUUCCUAUUGUUAUGAGAGACUGCAGCAAUAUAGCAAAGCUCUUAGUGAUGCUGAGGUAGGGUUAUCACUCUGCCCUGAUUGGCCAAAGGGCUAUUUUAGAAAGGGACGAGCACUCACUGGGCUUAAGCGGUAUUCUGAAGCAAUAGCUUCAUUUAGAGAAGUUCUAAGGAUUGAUAACACCUGUGAAGAUGCAGAGCAGGAGCUACUGGGAGUACAAAUCCUUCUACUGAUGGAAAUGGGAUUUGGCCGAGAGAAGAGUGAAGAUGAAUUAAAGAAGUAUGGAACUAUUGAGAAAGUUUUGGAGAUGUUUCCUUUAGGUUUUCAUGAUAGGAAAUUGCUUUUGGGGAGCUUGAGUAUCUCAGAUGAAGAGAUGAUUAAUACAAAUGUGCCAAACAGAUUUAAAGCUACACUUAUUCCAUCAUCAAAGAUCAAUCCAAAACCACUGAAGUCAGACAGCACUGUGCAUAUAGUGGCUCCCCAGCAGCCGGUGCCCAGACAAUUGUAUCCAGUCUGGGUAGGUAAUGUGACAAAGCGAGUAACAAAGGAACUGCUGCUGAAUUACUUUCAACGGGCGGGUCCUAUUUACAGUAUGAGGAUCCUCAGCGAGCGUUAUUGUGCCUUUAUUAAUUAUUCAAGCAAAGAAGCAGCUGAGAGGGCCUUUAAAUUGUUACAGGGUUUAGAAAUUGAAGGAACGAAGUUUGUACUCCAACUGAAGCACCCUGACCAUGCUACUAAACCACCAGGAGCUAUACUGAAAGGGCCUCCCAAAGUCAGCACUACUACUUCAGAUGCCAAUCCAGAUGGAAGGGAUGCAGUGAAACUUCCUCAGUCAUUGGAGUGCCAUUUCUGGAGAACUGCUAGCUGUGCUAAUGGUAACAACUGUCGCUUCCAACAUAUUCCAGAGCACAAGGGCAUUGACAUUACCAAAGAGAAAAAAUAAUUGGAUGUACCAGCCUUUGAUGACAGUUUCCCUCUCAUGUGCCACUUUCACUGAUACUGGACUGUGCACGGUCAUGAUAUUUUUGUGGGAUUAGAAAUUAAUUCCAUGAAAUUCCAUGAUUUUCAUUUUCAUGGAAAGGAAGAAAGUGGUCAGUAGCAUUUAAAUUUCAGUGAUGAUGAGAAAGCCUAUGGGGCUUAAAAGGUAUUGCAGUUCAUGUUGUGUGUGUCUCUCUUUUUCUUUCUCAAUCUCUCUAUGCCAUUUGUGCCAUAAUGAAUAUGUAUUAUCAAAGAUGCUGCAAGACUUUCAGUCUCUCACAGUAUCAGGAGAUCUGGUAAAGGAACAUAAAUGGUUGUACCUACCUACUUACCUGCACAGGCACAGAUAUAAUGUGAUGUUCUGUGAUUGAAGAACAAUAAUCAGUGUCUUCUUACUGGCACUGUGAUAGGUGGAAGUGCACUUUUUGCUUCAGAAUUAAUGCCAAAAGGGGUUACCGAAGUGUUCAGAUGUUGCUUAAGCUUUACUUCAUAUUUUCAGGAAGUAAGGUGCUGUUACUGAGACAUGUUUGCAGCCUUUUAAAAGCAUUGUAUUAGUCAUCAUAAUGUUGACAUAAUUAAAUCAAUCUUCCCCCUCCUAUAUUUUUUUGUAUUUCACACAUCACUUAAAUCCAACUGACUGUCCAUAUGAAGUUAUGUACAUUUUCUAGUUUGCAGUUUGCCAGGACAGGAACAUUUAAAAAAUCUUUUAUGGGUGAGAAAGACUUCAGAGUGCCUAAUCUGCAUGACUCAUUGUAAACUCAGUGAUUGUGGCCCCAUCAGCAGGAUGUUUAUUUAACCUUUUUGGUCUUAAAGCAGGGGAGAAAACAGUAUAUUUUUAAUAGUACAGGAAGAAUAUGGUGUGUGUGUAUACACAUUGGGGGCUGUACCACUGUCUGAAAUAGCUACUGCAGAAGGAAGUCUACACCAGUAACCCACUCAUGUCAGAAAGUGACACACAAGGUACAAACAGUUAUGCCAUGGGAAUUAUGUAGUGUGGAUCCAGUGAUUGUUACAUCUUUGCAGACUGUCCCAUACUUCUUUUUUGGAAGAAGAUUAUUUCUGAUGAGCUUCAAGGUUAUAUUUUGAAAAUCUGCUCUUUUGACAUCUUUUCAUCCAAAAUCAACUGACAGUAUUUGUCUGUACUUUAUUAUUCCUGUCUGAGCAGUGUUUUGCUGUUUGACUACCCGUUUGCAGUGAACGUGAACUAAAUAUGCAGCACAGAGGUUGAGACAGAGAUGAGCUGUACUGGUUGGAUAUGGUCCAUCCUUGUAUGAUCCUGAGACACCCAUGCUCCAUGCACCAAACUGUUUUUGUGUCAUCUGUUGCCUAAUUUGAUAGAUUUGACACUUGGUGUGUACAGAUCAUUAGCUAUAGCCAUGCUGCACUAUAUGCUUCUAUAAUACUGUCUCUGGUAUUACUGUUUGGAGACUGCUGUGGAAGUAUUGACCAAUUCACAAUGCACUGUUAUGUUCUGAGUAACUGCUGUGCUCAGUUAAGCAUGUGCACUUUUUUAAUUGUAGCUUCAGCUCUGCACUGCUUUUUAUAACAAUGACUCCCUCUGCGUGCUUCAUCUCUAAUUGUGUCUAAUUUACAAGUGUACAUGUUUAGCAACAAAAGACCAUAGAUGUUUGACUCUUUGUUUGCAGAAAUGCUUCUCUUUAUAUGCUCAGUGCAUUUUAUUUGGCAGGUAAUGGAGUAGAUUAAGGCUGAGCUGCUAAUGAGCAACAUUCUGUUGUCAGGAUUUGAUUCUUUAUGCCUCUGUUUGCCUACUGUGGGACUCAGCAAGUCGGUUAACCAGACCGUGCUUCUGGGCCAAGUCUGAAAAAGGUCCAUAUGGAUCAGUGUUUUACCCCAGUUAACAAAUGCAAAUAAGCAAACUGGCACUUAAAAUUCAAAGCUGUAACAUGGUAGCUACAGGGAGCAUAUUAAUUUAUGAUUAUUAUUAUUUGUAAUUGCUGAUGGAUUUUGGAGGCUACUUUCCAGGUGCAUACGUUUCACUCCAUUAACUACUGUAAACAAGCAGAGGGAACACGGGUUUUGAUGUUGAACAAAAGGUGGCCCUCACUUUAUGGAGCCACAUAUGUCAGCCUUUAUACUGUUGUAUAGCUCCAGUGUUGAACAUUUAUAUGCUUGAUGUGGGUUAUGAACUGCAAAGCCUGUGUCAUUGUUCACAGUGCUGGUCUGUUGCAUCUGCGAUAGUGCUGUACACAUGACAGGAAUCUCUUACAUGCUUGUUUAACAAUUUAGAAUGCUAAAAUAACUGUAGUACAAGUGUCCAAUAACUCAGUGACAUCAAAAUUAGCAGGAACCAAGCAUAGAAUAUUUUUCCAAUGGUACUUUAUUUAAAUUGCUAUUGCUUUCCUUAUAGAGUCCAUUUCUGUUACUGAGCUAAAUUUGCAGCUUACAAUAUUUUAAGUAUACCUUCAGAAGUUGUUACUAUUUAUUUUUGAUAUUUAUUGCUGUUUGUUAUUGCAUCAGAAAGUAUAAAAAGUAAGUCAGCUUGGAAGGGUCCUUGUAUUAUAACCUAGGAAAACUUAGUUCAUUACACAUUUUCAGUAUGUUUUGCUAACCAAGUCGAAGUAAAAAACACACACACACAUUUUAUGUGUGUGUGUCUAUAGUAUGCAUGUAUGUGUAUAUGUAUGUAUAUACACACACUUUUGAAAUAAUGGAUGUAAUCAAACUAAGCAGCAGGGAGAGCUGAUUUUAUAAUAAUGGCAACAGAAGUAGUAUUGUUGGUUUCCACAAGACUGUACUUAUGAAUGUUUAUUUUUUAUCUUCAUGUGAACUGAGCUCUCACUUGCUGGAAUUUGGGAUUUUUCUGCAUAAAGAACAGUGUUGUAGUGUUAUCUAAAGGUAGAGGUAUAAUUACAACUUUUGUAGAGCAGCUAAAAAUUAAAAAAGUUCCUCUUCAGUUUUUUUUGGAAUUCUUUAUUUUGGGGAAGCUGUCUUAUAAGUCACUUGAAAUUAAUUCAAAACUUUCCUUACUGACAAUAUUUUUAAUUGAUGAAUGGGUAGAUUAUAACACAGUUAUAUUUUUCCAGAAAGAUGACUGAAUGCAAGCCGUUUUAAUCAUUGGUUUGGUUGUCUUGAAAAUGUUAAAACAUUUAUCUCUGCAAAUAGCGUACUUUGCUUUCAGAAAAUUCAUUCCAUUAUUUAUUAAUUAAUUUCACUUGUGGAGUAAACGCACAUUUGAUUAAUGCUAGUAUUUGAUGUCAACAUUAUGAUUUGGGAAAAUGUGUAUCUGCUUUAAAAAAAUAAAUAAAUAUAUAUAUAUAUAUAUAUAUAUAUAUAUAUAUAUAUAUAUAUAUAUAUACACACACACACACACACACACACAACUUUGGAAUUUAAAAAAAAAAAGUCUUCCACUUUAUACUUGAAAAGGAAGAUGAUUCUGUUCUGGAAAAGUGAUGUAGAUCUGUAUAGUGCAGCUUUUAUGAAAAUUGCAAUGUACGUCCUGUUUUUCUUCUUUUCUGUGCGCCUUAGGGCAGGAUGUGCUUUUGACUCAGAAGAAUGAGUCAUUAGGCUAUUCCAAAACGUCUGUGCACUUUCCUUGUAAGAAACACUGCAACAGUGUAGUAAAGAGUUGUACUUUUUAAGGUUGCACAAGUAUAAAAAAUGAAAGCUUAUUUUCGCCUGCAUUAUUAACUUUUUAUUAUUACUUUUCUGUGACUGGACAUCAUCAGCUGUUUUGAAGAAGUAUUAUGAAUUAAGCAAAAUAAUUUGUAAUUCUGUAUAAAUAUGACUGUUGUCCAUUCCUUCAAAUUGUCUUGGGUACUUUAAACAAGACACAGGUUAUUUCAGCUGAGGAAUGGUUGACUGUUGAACUGUACACAAUUUAAGAAGUGUUAUUCAUUCAGAUUACUGAAAUGCUUUAUGAUGACUUAUUUUCUUAGAUUCAUUGUUUUACCAAUUGGGAAGAUGCUUGAAAACUCAAACAGCUGUUUUAUGUAAAAAAACCCUUUUGUGUCCUAAAUAAGGAGGAAAUAAUCUGUUAUUGCUGUUACUUGAAAAGUUUUCUAUCACAGGACAAGUAGACCGGUGUUGUUCUGCAGUUGAAAGCAGAACUUUAUAAAGUUUACCAUGGUCAGUGAAACUUGACCGUUAUAUUUAAAGUGGGAUUUAGAGAGAGAUUUGACAUCUCCAGUGGUUUUAUUUCUAGUCCCUAAUAACACAUGCUCAUAUGCAAAAUUAUUAUAAUAAUAAAUCAUUAAGCAUUUUAUGAAAGUAAAUUAUUAACACAGUUUUGGCCACUCUCCUGGGCAUAGCUUGUAUACAUUUUUUUAUUGUGAGUGCACACAUGCUGCUAUGCAAGAGCAGCAUAGUGCGAAGUAAACUUAAUACUGCAUGUGUAAUGAUUCAUUUGAGCUAAAUUCAGAUGGAAAGUGAGGUAAUCGUGCCUCAAAUGUAAGACACAUGCUUACUUUCACAUUAGCAGAUUUAUUUUUUGAAGUUUGAAUAGACAUAGGUAUUGUCCACAUCACUACCAAUUUAAUUUGCCCAAACCUCACAGUCAAGUAUUGCAUUACUCCAUAAUAAAUUCUGUCAUUUUCCCUGGCUUGCAGCUUGCCAGGACCAUUUUGAUAUGUUAUGAAUUGGGAAACCUUAGAACUAUCUUGUUAUUUAAAACAGUGUGUUGGGUUUAUGAAAGGAUGACACACUGCAAAGUUGUUGAUUGUAAAGCCACUUGUGUGUAAAAGAACACAAAGCAAAGGUGUUUUUUUCCCAUUGUUUUCUCAUAUUUUAUUUGCGAUGAAUAGUUUACAGUGCAUCUACCUUCUAUUUGUGAAAAAAAAUGCUGCUUCUUUUUAACUUGUGGCUCACAUUGACGGGGAAGAAUGGAAAUGAUACAGAUUGACAACUUUGGAAUAACUGGCAUAUGUACAAUUAAAAUUAUGUCUUAAUUACUGAUUGACUGGCAUGUUAAAAAUUCCUAUAGUACUUAGAAAUGUUUCUGACAGUUACAUGGAGGGAAGAAAAAAUGCACAUAUCUAUUUUUUUAAACUCUCCAGUGUUGAUUAUAAGGUUGAUACUUUCAAUUUUUUUUUAUUUCAGUGUACCAGAUUGUGAUUAAUAAAACCUGUAUUAAAAAUAUGUUCUCUUUCA